GGAAAUUGCCCAGUCAUACUAUAAAAUAAAGGUCAAAGAAAACGUUCAUUAUUAAAAAUUUACUGUUUCUGGAAUUUGUAAUAAAAAAGGAUUAAAAAGAAAUUUAAAAGAUGUUUGGUCGUCAAGGUGGACUUAGUAAUACGGGAAACAGCGGUUCCAACUUAGUGGAAUUUCGGGCCGGUCGAAUGAACUUGGUUGGCAAAAUGGUUCAUCCCGAUACGCGGAAAGGAUUGGUUUAUAUGACACAAGGUGACGACGGUUUAAUGCACUUCUGUUGGAAAGACCGUACUACGGGAAAAGUUGAGGACGAUUUAAUUGUUUUCCCCGACGACUUUGAAUACAAGCGAGUUGAACAAUGCAAAACUGGUCGUGUCUAUGUACUAAAAUUCAAAACAUCGUCUCGCCGCAUGUUCUUUUGGAUGCAAGAACCUAAAUCUGACAAGGAUGAGGAAUUUUGCCGCCGCGUUAAUGAGCUUCUUAAUAAUCCUCCUUCAGCCUCCCGUAGCGGUCAAGAUGGCGGAGAUUUGCAAUACAUGCUAAAUAAUAUGUCGCAACAGCAGUUGAUGCAACUGUUUGGCGGCGUUGGGCAAAUGGGUGGUCUCAGUUCUUUGCUAGGCUCCAUGAACAGCCGUUCUUCAGACAAUUCUCGUACACCAUCUAGUCGUAACAAUGCCCUUAGUGGUGCCGCAGCGUUGCACAGUUCGGACAAUGCUAUAAAUGCAAGCCCUCGUAUACCUACCGCUUCUAAGUCUAAAAAUAAUAAGAUUAGUUGUUCUGUUGCCAACAGUACGGGCACUGGAGGAAGUGGACCCGGUUCGAAUAAUACUGGAAUUGGGGGUAAGAAAAAUUCCAACACUUUUACAAACAGCAACGCCUUCCAUUCGUACUUAUCCAACCUCUCACCCGAAGCUGGCUCCGGACGCUCAUUAAACAUUGAUUUAGCCACUGGCCUAGUCGGCUCGGAUGCUAUCAAUGAUAUCAUUUCUGAUCCGGAACGUGUUAACUUGCUAUCAGUGCACCUGCCGGAAAUUAAAGACGCCGAUGAAAAUAAGAAACAGCAAAUUAAAGAUACUAUUGCAUCUCCACAGUUUCAACAGGCCUUAUCACUUUUCUCUAACGCUUUGCAGUCCGCACAAUUGGGCCCAGUGAUAUCCCAAUUCGAGCUGACGCCCGACGCCGUCGCUGCUGCAUAUGCCGGAAAUUUAGAGGAUUUUGUUAAAGCCUUGGAGAAAGCUUUACCAGCGGGUGUAUCCAUGUCUCCUCUUCGUUCCAAGGACGAAAAUGCUUCUAACAAAAAUGAAGAACGGGAAGCAGGUGGUAAAGCAAUGGAUAAGAAAGAAUAAGGCGUUUACAAUAAUUGUAAUUGAUAUAACACUAAUUUUACGUGAAUAUAUUCAAUUGUCUAUUUAGAUCGCAUCCGAUUCCUUUAGGACUAAGAUCGCAAUCUGCUUUCAAAGAAACUGUGUUUUGUUUUGCAUAACUUCAAAAUCGGUGUGUAGUGGGUAUUUAAAAACCGAGGAUUUUUCAGUGAAGCUUUUCUCAUGAAAAUACUUUUCUCAUGAAAAACAAGCAGAGAAAUGAUUUGAGACAACUUCCCAAACGUUGGACUCAAUUGAACACAACGACUUUGAAUACGUAUGGAAAAUACCCCAUACUUCACUCUAAUUUUGAACGAAAGAAUGGAGAUUCGAAAACGCACUAAAAAAAAAAUAAAGAGAAAUUUGACAAAAAAAUGCACAGUCAAAAAA